AUGAUAAAUGCGACCACCUCUAACGAUGAAAUUGAAGAUCCUUAUAUGAAAAAAAUUAAUAUUCGUUCAAGUGAAGUUAAAGAGUUUGUUAAGAAAGAUUUUGUUGAUUUAUUAUCGCCAGAAACCCUGAAUUUUUUUUCAAGGUUUUCUAUUUCUACAGAAUUUUUCAAUGUUGAUCCUGAUACAUGGGAAACGAGAGAAGAUUAUCAAAAAGGACUUAAAAUUGUUAAGAAUCUUAUGGUAGUAAACGACGUAGCUGAAUGA